AUGUCCGCACGUCACCUGUUCCGUUCCACGGCGAAAGGCGUCCUUCCCGCCGCCCUGGCCGCGACCGUUCUGAUCGCGGGAAGCGUGGCCCAGGCCAAGCCGGCGCCGGAAAGCUUCGCGCCGCUGGUCAAGCGCGUCAGCCCGGCCGUCGUCUAUGUCGAGACCGAGCGCCAGCAAGAGGCGCGCGGCCCCCAGGGCCUGCCCUUCCCCGAGGGCUCGCCCUUCGAGGAGUUCUUCAAGCGCUUCGGCAUUCCCGACAUGCCGGAAGGCCAGCGCCCGCGCCCGCAGCGCGGCGUCGGCUCCGGCUUCAUCGUCGAUGACGAGGGCUACAUCGUCACCAACAACCACGUGGUCGAGGGCGCCGACGGGGUGGAGAUCACCCUGGACGACGGCACGACCUACGACGCCGAGCUGGUCGGCACCGAUCCGCAGACGGACCUGGCGCUGCUCAAGAUCGACCCGCGCGGCGAGCUGACGGCCCUCAGCUUUGGCGAUUCCGACGGCAUCGAGGUCGGCGACUGGGUGGUCGCCGUCGGCAACCCCUUCGGCCUGGGCGGCUCGGUCACCGCCGGCAUCGUCUCGGCGCGCGGCCGCAACAUCAACGCCGGGCCCUACGACGACUUCAUCCAGACCGACGCGGCCAUCAACCGCGGCAACUCGGGCGGCCCGAUGUUCAACCUCGACGGCGAGGACAGCGGCGCGGUCGAGCGCGGCUGGCUGGGCGUGAUGGUCCAGCACGUUACCCCGGAGCUGGCCGAGGCCAUGGGCCUGGACAGCCCGCGCGGCGCCCUGGUGGCCAACGUGGUCGAGGGCGGCCCGGCCGACGCGGCCGGCCUGCGGCAGGGCGACGUGAUCCUCGACUUCGCCGGCACCGAGAUCACGGAGAUGCGCGACCUGCCGCGGGUCGUCGCCAACACCGAGGUCGGCCGCUCGGUCGAGGUGCGGAUCUGGCGCAACGGCGAGACCGCGCGCGAGGAGGUCGAGAUCGGCAAGCUGCAGCCGCAGCAGGCCAGCCGCCAGGCGCGCCCCGGUCAGCCGCAGCCGAGCCCGGAGAGCGCGGUGUCCGAGAGCUUGGGCGCCGACCUGGCCCGGCUCGACGCGGAAACCCGCGCGCGCUUCGAACUGCCCGGCGACAGCCAGGGCGUGGUCAUCCUCGAGGUGCAGCCCGACGGCCCCGCCGCCGCGGCGGGCCUGCGCCCCGGCGACCUGAUCCGCCGCAUCGACGGCGAGCAGGUCGACUCACCGAACCAGGUCUCCGACGCCCUGUCGGAAGCCGCCUCGGGUCAGCGCUCCGCGCUGAUGCUCGUCGAGCGCGGCGGCAACCCUCUCUUCGUGGGAGUGAAGCCGCGCCCCCCACUCCACGGACCAGGGCCUGCCGGCAUUUUUUUCCGGACCGGCCGACCGCCGGCGUCGAAAGGCAGGUGGGCGAUGCGCAUCCUGAUCAUCGAAGACGACGACCAGACGGCCGAGUACAUGCGCAAGGGCCUGAGCGAGGCCGGCCAUGUGGUGGACCGCGCCGACGAGGGGCGCGACGGUCUCUACAUGGCGUCCAGCGGCGAGUACGACGCGGUCGUCCUGGAUCGCAUGCUGCCCGGCCUGGACGGAUUGAAGGUGCUGGAGGCGAUGCGCGCGGCCGGCAUCCAGACGCCAGUGCUGAUCCUCAGCGCGCUGGGCCAGGUCGACGACCGGGUCGGCGGCCUGCGCGCCGGCGCCGACGACUACCUGACCAAGCCCUUCGCCUUCUCCGAGCUGCUCGCCCGGCUCGACUCCAUGACCCGCCGCCGCGCCGCCAGCGCGCCGGACACCACGCUCAGCGUCGGCGACCUGACGCUUGACCGCCUGAGCCGCAAGGUGACCCGCGGCGGCCAGGCGGUCGAGCUGCAGCCGCGCGAGUUCCAGCUUCUGGAGUUCCUGAUGCGCCACGCCGGCCAGGUGGUCACGCGCACCAUGCUGCUGGAGGGGGUCUGGGACUAUCACUUCGAUCCCCAGACCAACGUCAUCGACGUCCACAUGAGCCGCCUGCGCCAGAAGGUCGACAAGGGCUUCGACAGCGCCUUGAUUGAGGCGGGCGGCGUGCGCAGCCUUCGCCUCCUGCCGGCCGGCGCGACGGCGCGCUUCGCGCUGAUCUACUUCGCCUUCUUCGCCAUCUCGGUGCUGCUGCUGCUGGGCUGGAUCUACCUGCGCACCGUGCCGAUGCUGGACCGUCAGGUGGCCGAGACGGUGGCCGCCGAGCUGCGCGGCCUGGCCGACCAGGCGCGCGAGGGCGGCCUGGCCGGCCUGAUCGAGGCGAUCGACCGGCGCAGCGGCGAGGGCGGCGAUCCCGACGGCGUCUACCUGCUGGUCGGACCCGAGGGCCGCAAGCUGGCCGGCAACCUGCGCGCCUGGCCCGAGGCCGCGCGCGGCGACGGCGAAUGGCUGCUGCUCGACCUGCGCCGGCGCACCGAGGCGGGACUGCAGCCGCGCCAGGUCGGCGCUCGCAGCUUCGCCCUGCAGACCGGCCACCGCCUGCUGGUCGGGCGCGACUUCGGCGCCCGCGGCCGCUACGCCGGCGCCCUGGUCGAGGCCCUGGCCUGGGCGCUCGCCGGCGCACUCAUCCUCGGCCUGGCCGGCGGCUGGCUGAUCAGCCGCAACGUCGCCCGCCGGGUCGGCGCGGUGACCGCCACCAGCCGGCAGAUCAUGCGCGGCGACCUCUCCCAGCGCAUGCCCAAGGACGGCAGCGGCGACGAGUUCGACCGCCUGAGCGACAGCCUCAACGCCAUGCUGCAGCGGAUCGAGGAGCUGAUGACCGGCCUGCGCACGGUCAGCGACAGCCUGGCCCACGACCUGCGCUCGCCGCUGACCCGCCUGAAGGGGCGGAUCGAGCUCGCCCUGCGCGGGCCCGAGGACACCGAGGCUUACCGCGACGCCCUGGAGCGGGCGCUGGCCGAGGCCGACCACCUGCUCGCGACCUUCAGCGGCCUGCUCUCCAUCGCCCGCGCCGAGGCCGGCGCGGCGCGCAGCCAGUUCGAGGUGCUGGACCUGGCCCACCUGGCCGAGGAGAUCGGCGAGCUCUACGAGCCGGCGGCCAGCGACGCCGGCCUGAUCUGGCAGAGCGACAUCCGCGCCCCGGCCCCGGUGCGCGGCCACCGCCAGCUCCUCGCCCAGCUCAUCUCCAACCUGCUCGACAACGCGCUGAAGUACGGCGCCGGCGGCAACGCCCUCAGCCUGGCCGUCCGGGCCCGCGACGGCGCGAUCGAGCUGAGCGUCGCCGACAGCGGGCCGGGCAUCCCCGCCGCCGCCCGCGCCGCGGUGCUCCAGCGCUUCGUGCGGCUCGACGAAAGCCGGCGCGAGCCGGGCAGCGGCCUCGGCCUGUCGCUGGUCGCCGCCGUCGCCAAGCUGCACGAGGCCGAGUUGCACCUGGAGGACAACGCCCCCGGGCUGCGCGUGCGCCUGGUCUUCGAGCGCGCCCCCCGCGACGGCACCAUCCCGGUGGACCUGGAGCUGGUGCUGGCGGUCGACGCCUCCGGCUCGGUCGACGCGGCCGAGUACGCCCUGCAGAUGCAGGGCAUCGCCAGGGCCCUGCGCGAUCCGCAGGUGCGCGCGGCGAUCGCCGAGGGGCCGCACGGCGCCAUCGCCGUCACGGUCAUGCUCUGGGCCGAGGCCAACCGGCCGAAGCAGGCGCUGCCCUGGGCCCGGCUCUCCGACGCCGCCGGCCUGGCAGCCUAUGCCGCCCGCGUGGCCGCCAUGCCGCGCCGCCUGCCCGCCGGCGGCACCGGCAUCGGCAAGGCGCUGCAGUACGCGGUCUGGGAGCUGGAGCGCAACGCCUUCACGGCGCCGCGCCGGGUGAUCGACCUCUCCGGCGACGGCCGCGAGACCGCCUUUCGCGAGUUCAGCCUCUCGGCGCGGCAGGGGCGCACCGUCGCGACCCUGCGCGGCAUCACCGUCAACGGCCUGGCCAUCCUCAAUGAGGAGCCCGACCUCGCGGCCUACUACCGCGCCGAGGUGAUCGGCGGGCCCGGCGCCUUCGUCGAGACCGCGCGCGACUACCGCGACUUCGCCGCGGCCCUGCGCCGCAAGCUGAUCCGCGAGAUCGCCUGGCGGCCCCAGGUCAGCCAGGGCACGGGCGGCCGGGCCAAGGGCAGCCGGCCGGCGAAUGUCAUGAGAAAAUCACAAUAUCUCUCCGCAGCCGAUUUCGAGGCGGCGGCCCGCGCCGCGGCGGGGCGGACUUCGGCCGAGCUCUACGCCGAAAGCGGCCUGGCGCCGGGCCCGGCGCGCUGGAUGCUGGCGGUCGGCGAGGUGCACCUGCCGCUGCGGCUCUUCGCGGCCUUGGCCUUGCGCCACAAGGGGUUGGCCGAGCCGCGGCCGACCACGGCCGAGGCCCGGGAGCUGGCGCAGGCCGCGGGCCUGACCGCCUAUGACGGGCAUCGCGCCGAGGGGCCGCUGCGCACCGGUUGUACCGCCAUCGCAUGCGUUGAUCUGGCGCAAGGGCGGACAGGCUGGAUUUUGGGAGGCGACAGCACGCUCAUGAGACGGCCGAAUAAAUCCGACUCCUUCACCGACGUGGUCACGAAAUCCCUCGACGUCGACGGCAUCCCCGCCGGCCUGGCCCUCUCGCUGGGUCACAAUCUCAUUUUCUUCACCACCGAACCCGACCUCGCGGACCUCGACGGCGCCAGCUUCGGGUCGAUCGCCCAGUUGACGGAUCGGGUCCGCCGGGCGCGAAGCGAGGGCGAGAUUCGCGUCGGCACCUCCGGCUGGCAGUACGAUCACUGGAUCGGCCCCUUCUACCCGAAGGGCACCCGCAAGCGCGACCUGCUGGCCUGCUACGCCGAGAGCUUCGACACCGUCGAGGUCAACGGCACCUUCUACAGCCUGCCCAAGACCGAGACCGUGGAGUCAUGGGUGCGGCAGACGCCGGCGAACUUUCGCUUCGCGGUGAAGGCCAGCCGCUAUCUGACUCACAUGAAGCGGCUGAAGGACCCCGCCGCCGCCUCGCAAAAGCUCUUCGACGCGCUGACGCCGCUCGGCCGCAAGCGCGGGCCGCUUCUGCUGCAGCUCCCGCCGCGCUGGAAGGCCAACCCGAAGCGUCUGGACGCGGCGCUGGCGGCGCUGCCGCCCGGCCGCUACGCGGUCGAGCCGCGCGACCCCGACUGGCUGUGCGAGCCGGUCUAUCGGGUGCUGGAACGCCACGGCGCGGCCCUGUGCCUCUACGACUAUGCGGGCCGCCAGACCGAACCGCGGCUGACCGCCGACUUCGUCUACCUGCGCCUGCACGGCCCGGACGCGCAGGCCUACACCGGCAGCUACUCGGCCAAGGCCCUCGCCGCCUGGGCCCGGCGCAUCCGGGUCUGGGCCGGCGACGGCCGCGACGUCUUCGUCUACUUCGACAACGACGAGGCCGGCUACGCGCCGCGCAACGCCGCGGCGCUCAAGGACCGCCUCGGCUGA